ACUGCCACAAGUUAGCAGCGCUAGCAAUCAUCUGCAACAUUUGCUGCGAGAAAAAGCCGCGUUUUUGUUUGUUUUCCCAAAUAAUUAAAGAAACACAAAACAUGUUCGAUGUGGAGCCAAUUAUCGCAGACCACAAGGAUGUCAUACACGAUGUUGUGUUCGAUUACUAUGGACGUCGCAUGGCCACAUGCUCGAGUGAUCAGACUGUGAAGAUAUGGGACGAGGAUGAUCAGGGCAAAUGGUCGGUUACGAGCAGCUGGAAAGCGCAUUCCGGAUCUAUUUGGCGUGUGUCCUGGGCUCAUCCGGAAUUCGGUCAGGUGAUAGCUACUUGCUCCUUCGAUCGCACCGCCUCCGUUUGGGAAGAGGUGAUGGGCGAAAAGGUGACAACAGUCACAAAUUCGCCCUCCCGACGCUGGGUGCGACGCACAACGCUCGUCGACUCACGCACCAGCGUUACUGAUGUCGAAUUUGCACCCAAAUAUCUGGGUCUGCUCCUAGCCACCGCCUCGGCAGAUGGCAUCAUACGUAUCUACGAAGCACCCGACAUAAUGAAUCUGUCCCAAUGGCCAGUACAGCAUGAGAUUCCAAAUAAAUUGUCAUUGAGCUGCCUUUCAUGGAACACAUCUACUUAUAUGGUCACCCAGUUGCUAGCGGCUGGCAGCGAUGAAUCUGCCACGCCCACUGGCAAGGUCUUUCUAUACGCCUACAGCGAAAAUGCGCGAAAAUGCGUUAAAAUUGAAACAGUCAACGAUAUCACAGAUCCCGUGACAGAUGUUGCCUUUGCUCCCAAUGCAGGACGCACAUUUCACAUGCUUGCCGUGGCCAGCAAGGAUCUCUAUAUAGUCAAUAUACGAGGGGCGACUGAUUCGACGGGCGCUGGCAAAUUGGAGCUGCAAACACUGAAGUUUAGCGAACACAACUGCCCGGUUUGGCGGGUCUGUUGGAAUAUGCUGGCCACAAUGCUAAUCUCUACCGGGGACGAUGGUUGCGUUAGGAUCUGGCGCAUGAACUACACACGGCAGUGGAAGUGUGCAGCGGUGCUCAAGGCGGAGGGCAGUGGACCAACCUAUGAACCAAAUCCAACUACGCCGGCGGCGCUGGCAACGACAGCAGCAGCCACAGCAAAGUACUAUAAAAAGGGCACCAUCGGCAACCAGGUGCCAUGGCAUUAAACCAUGUCUAAGCAUAAGAAGAAACAUACAUACAUAU